AUGGCUCCCCAGAGUCGAUCUAAACGGCCGGGCCUACUGUCCAGCGGCCGGCCGCCAACUGUCAAACCCAGACAGGCAGCUUUGUCCUCCAAAGCCACCCGGACCCUCAUCAGAUCCCAUCAUCAACUCCUCAAGGCCCGCGCACAAGCGGAAAAGGCCGGUGACGAGGCUAAAGUGAGCAGCAUCAAUGCCCAGAUCCAAGCAAAUGGCGGCCUGGAAAGCUAUCAGACCGCCAGCAAGCUCGGCCAGUCCAUGGACCGAGGCGGCGAUUCCAGUAAGCUCCUCAUUGACUGGAUAAAGCCACAGUUGGAUCAGUGGGAACCGAGCUUCCCAAAGCUACGCGUUUUAGAGGUUGGCGCACUAAGCACGAAGAAUGCGUGCUCAAGAACCCCGUCUUUGGAGGUGACCCGGAUCGACUUGAAUUCCCAGGAACCGGGGAUCCUCAAACAGGACUUCAUGAAACGGCCAUUGCCGUCUUCAGAGGAGGAGCGCUUUAAUAUCAUUAGCCUGUCCUUGGUCCUCAACUACGUGCCGGAUGCAACGGGCCGAGGUGACAUGCUGAAGCGCUGCGUCCAGUUCUUGACGUCCCAAUGUUCCAUCUCAUUUGUCCCGACUCUCUUUUUUGUCUUGCCAGUAGCAUGUGUGGACAACUCACGCUACGUUACGGAGAAGAGACUGCUCGAUAUCCUGGCCAGUCUAGGUUUCCAUCUGGUGCAAAGCAAGCGCACCAACAAGCUAAUUUAUCAACUAUUCAAUUAUACGGGACAAUGCUCGUCCCGGACCUUCAAGAAGGAGAUGCUGAACCCGGGCACGAAACGGAAUAACUUCGCUAUCAUUCUGCACGAGAAAUGA